AUGUCGGACAAGGAGGAAUCUCAGCCUCAAGAGCAGGGGCAGGAACAGGAACAGGAGCAGUCCAAAGGCGAAGGAGGCUCCUGGUAUUCAAAGCCCGAGGGUUAUGGCAACGCCGCAGGCGAUAAAGUCGAAAGCGUCCUUUCUCCAGUUGGCAAACCGCUAGGCAAGGGCCUUGAGACUGCCGGCAAACCCAUCGGCGGCCUGGUCGAACCUAUCGUUGGAGGCAUCUCCAAAGCGGGUGAGACCUUUGGCAACGAGAUGAGCAUCGGCUUUGGCAAUAAGGAAGGAGGGCCGGCCAAGCAGCAAGAGGCCGAAGCUGCCAAAAUGAAGGAACCUCUUGGUGGGAAAGAACAAACCGGCGAUAACCCAUUGGGCUUGUGA